CUGCUGGGCGGGGCUGGACGGGACGGGACACGGAGGCGACGGCGGCGGCCACCGAGCACUAGGAGCGGGGCCGACAGGAGGCGGAGCGGGCGUGCCAAGCAGGAACAGAGAUGUCAUUGAGAGCCCUCGCUGCCGGGAUGAGGCGAGAUCGCCUUCGGGACUGCACACUGUUGUCCUUGAAGGAGGAGUGACUGACCCAGCUGGAACCUGGAACCCAGCACCCAGGAGGUGAACCCAGUACACCUGAGGAGGAGCCUGUGUCCUGUGUCCUUGGGAGGCCACUCACUGCAGGAUCAAGAUGACCACAGCCACCACUUUGGGGGACGCUGUCUUCUCACUGAAUAUGACCAGAGGAGAAGACUUCUUGUAUAAGAGUUCUGGGGCCAUCGUGGCUGCCAUCGUGGUGGUCGUCAUCAUCAUUGUCACCUUGGUUCUCAUCCUGUUGAAGAUGUACAACAGGAGAAUGAGGACCAGGCGGGAGUUGGAGCCCAAGAGCCCGAAGCCACCUGUGCCUCCUGCCCUGGACCCAAACAGCAACGGCAGCCAGCAGCCUGUGACUGUGACCUCUAACCCUGCAGACAUCCAAGUGGAGACCCGGUGACCCUGUCCCAGCGCCGCCCCUGCCUCUGCAAGGAGCUUUUAUGGCCCAGAAGCACGGUCUUCUGGCAGCUUCACUUGAGCUUUUUCUGGUUGGGUAAACUGAGGCACCUUUUGUAUAGCCCUUGCAGCUUGAAGCCAUCCUUAACUGCGUUCUGCUCUGGCCACCCCAAGCUGUGUCCAUAUCCCUUCUGCCACUAUACCAAAGAGCUAAGGACAUUCUUUUGUCACCCGAUGAGAAGCACUGUGCUGGGAUACUGGUGUGAGUCUGGUUCUUGCCCCACAAAUGCUAUAGCUAAACAGACAGACAGACAGACAGACAGACAGACAGACAUCUGGGUGUUCUGGUCAGGAGUCAUCACCCAGGGUCUGCCACUUGGGAGCAUCUUGUCUUAAGCGUCAUGUCCACAACAUUGCAGAACAGAUUCUCAAUCCCAUAUCGGGUGCAGGGAAACUAACUCGGACUAACUAACUGACAAAACCAACUUGGUAAUAUCUAACCUAUUCCAGUACUAGGUGACCUCGAGCCAGCUCACGAUGGCCGGUCAGAAUGCUCUCCCCCUUAAGGGACAAAGGGUACCAGAGGCUCGACUUGGUAGCACAAGUCUGCCAUUUCAGUCCUCAGUAGAGACAGGAACAUUGUGAUUACAAGGCCAGCUUGGCUGUACAUGGAGAUGUUUAAUUUUUUUAAAAAAUACAGAAUAAACAGUAUUCUCCAGAAAAUUCUACUUUACUAGUAGUCAGGAGAAGGUGCUCUGAGGAGCAGAGGCUGGGGAGCAGAGGCUAGCCCUGAGGAGCAGAGGAUUGGGAGCAGAGGCUAGCCCUGAGGAGCAGAGGAGAGGAUGGGGAGCAGAGGCUAACCCUGAGGAGCAGAGGCUAGCCCUGAGGAGCAGAGGAUUGGGAGCAGAGGCUAGCCCUGAGGAGCAGAGGCUGGGGAGCAGAGGCUAACUCUUGGAUGAGACGUUGUUACAGUGCGCAGGGACCUGGGCUGUGUGGUCGCUGCUCAGGACCCUCCCUGCUGCCCCAGGUGGACUACCCCCACUCCUCAUUUUCUGGCUCCUUCCUAUUUGUAUGUUAAACUUUCUUGACAGUCCCCUUGCCUCCGGGACAAGUAUUUUGUCCCAUUAAAUUCUGUAUUUUCUGUGUCCUUCCUAGUCACCUUGGAGAGACAAUCAAAGCACAACACAGAGAAGUCAUUCUCUGUGAUAGCUGAUCUGUGGGCCCUGGGCCAGGAGAUGCUCCUCUAACAGGGACAAACAUUUCAGAAUUAGGAGUUACACCCAAGCUCUACUCUCUUAUUGACCUUGAAAAAGAGAUUCAGGGGCUUGUGCGAGGACUCGGUAGGUACACAUAGCCAAGUCUGACAACUUAAGUUCAAUUCUCAGGACCCCCACGGUGGAAGGAGAGAACAGAUUCCUGCAAGUGAUUCUCUCAUCUCUCCAUGUGUGUUAUGGCAUACCACAAACACAAGAAACAAACAAAUUAAAUCUAAGUAAAAGUUUUGUUUGGAAAAAAAAAAAGAUUACUGGGGACCUAGGGAGAUGACUCAGCGGCCAAGAAUGCUGGCUGUACAAGCAUAUAAGGACCUGAGUUCAAAGCCCCAGAACCCACCUACCAAGCUAUGCAUGGUGAGAGGCACCUGUAACCCCGGCACUAGGAAGAGGCAGAGAUGGAAGAAUCAGUGUGGCUUGCAGACUGCCAGCCUGGCUUCAGGAUCAGUGGGAAAGCCUGUGUCAAAGGAGUUGGACAGAGAACAGGAAGGCACUCGGAGUCCUCUGGCCUGCAGGUGUGUUCAUACAGGACCACACUCCUCACACGUAAUGCAGACAGACACACAAAUUGUUUCUGACACAGGCUCUCUCUACGUAGCCCUGACUGGCCUGGCAGUCAUUAUGUAGACCAGGCUAGCCUUGAAUCCACAGCGAUCCA